UCUCGUUACACAAUGCGUUCGAGUUACAGUAUCCUGUCUCCUAGUGCACUGCAAGUUCCAGGUCUAUGCUGGAAAAUUGAAUCAGUCAGUAUUGUAUCGGUGAAGCUUGUGGCACAAGCCCGGUAUACUUCUCGCGAUAGUUCACGCUUGUGCAGCGCGAACCUAUUUAGUUCCAGCGAUAGUUAUCGUCACGCUAUCCUGUCUCUUGUGUUGCUAGAAGAGUGAUACAGCUUGGAUCUACUGAAGAAUUUUAUCUCCUGAUUCUUGAAACAUGAAGUGAGCAGAUAAUCACGAUGUACGUGCUGUUGCUAUCGACGAUUCUGUUGUUGCUGUACGUCAGGACGAAGGCAGAAACAUUAGAAACCGUGGCACAAUGGCAGUUGCUCGAUUUCGCAUUGCCAUAUGAUCGCGGUUUUCUCGAUCAGUAUCAGCAGGAAAAUAUAGUGCUGACUGGUAUCGAGAUAGCUUGGGACAGAAUUUUUGUCAGCACGCCCAGGCUACGAGCUGGUGUGCCGGCCACCUUGAGCUUCUUCUCCAGAAAGGAACCCUUGGGAAGCAGCCCGAAGCUUCAGGCUUAUCCUUCGUGGGAUUGGCACGGAGCUGGAAAGGGAGAAAUCAAUUGCACUAAGUUGAUUUCAGUGUAUCGAACCAGGAUCGAUAGCUGUGACAGAUUGUGGGUUGUUGAUGCCGGAGUCAUGACAUCAGUCGAUGAUUUUAUGCCUAUCUGUCCGCCGAAAGUCGUGGUCUUCGACUUAAAGACCAAUCAGGUGGUUCGUCACGUCACUUUUCCGCGUGAGGUGUUGAGGCCAGAUAGUUUGCUGACCAAUUUUGUCAUUGAUGAAGUUUCGGCAAAAACGUGUGAUGAUGUAUUUCUCUACAUAACAGAUACUCUUGGUCCAGGAAUACUUGUCUUCGAUGCUGCUAAGGAUAGGAGCUGGAGCCUUCUUCACGCAUCCAUGCUUCCUAAUCCGGACGAAACAACAUAUAAAAUUGGAAGCGUCACUUUCGAGUUCCUGGACGGUAUAGUGGGUAUAGCAUUUUCACCGAGACUCCGAACCGUUUAUUAUCAACCUCUGGCGACCGAUCGUAUCUACAGCGUAUCCACCUCCGCGUUGCAAGCCGGACCGCUUUCUUUGGGGCAACAGUUACCUGUAACCACGAUCGGCAGAAAGUCAAGUCAAGGUCUUCCACUGGCUGUGAAUCCCCAGGAUGAUACGAUCUUGUUCGCCCCUUUAACCGAGACCGCGAUUGCGUCGUGGCAACCGCGAACCAAUCAGCAAAGAAUACUCGCUUAUAGUCCAGAGGAAUUACAAUUUACUGCCGAGAUAUUAUGGGCGAAACGUGACAAUGGCAACUACUGGGUAAUGUCUUCGAGAUUCCACAAGUUUUUCCUGAGACAAAUUGAUACUCGUCAAAUUAAUAUCCGCAUCAUGAGGAUCAAAACGAAUAAUCAAGCGCUUAAUCCGUUUUUUAAUCAACAGAUUGAUCCGUAUUUUUCAUUAAAUUUCUACAAUAAUACCUUAGGAUUCUGAAAAAGAAAACAUUAAUUGUGGAAAUGAAAUGAAAAAGAGAUUGUGCCAGUACAUUGAUGUUUGAAAAAAGUCAGUGGAACUUAUAAUAUAUAGAAAUGAAAUUUGUGAUAAAUAUAUAGCAGAAAAGCAAGAAAUGUCUGUCAU